GUGUGCCAGGAGGCACUGCUCACAGCAGCCAGAGAGCUCAGCAGUGCAGGACCCUGUGCCCUGUGUCCCCCGCCAGAGAGCACCAAAAUGGGGCAGAGCUUUCAGGAGCAGCUUGGUCUGGCUCUCAUCCUCCUACUCCUGUCUCUGGGAGCUGCAGUGACCGGAGAUAACAGUCACAACUGCUAUGGGGCUCCAGGCCUGCCGGGCAUGCCGGGCAUGCCGGGCAAGGAUGGCCGGGAUGGGCUGAAGGGAGCCAAAGGCGAACCGGGCAUCCCGGCCGUUUCUGCUGCUCAAGGGCCCAAGGGUAUGAAAGGGGAACCAGGCAGUCCUGGCUGGCCCGGCAAGACUGGCCCCUUCGGUCCCCCUGGUCCUCGUGGAGACCCAGGAAUGAUGGGCACUAUUGGAGCCCCAGGUGUACCUGGCAGCUACAAGCAAAAGCACCAGUCAGCAUUUUCAGUGACAAGGCAGACUGGCGUGUACCCACAGAAGAAUGUCCCUGUGGUGUUCAACCAUGUCAUCACCAAUACAAACAACGACUACAACACCACCACGGGCAAGUUCACCUGCAAGCUCCCUGGCCUCUACUACUUUGUCUUCCACACUUCACAGACAGCCAACCUCUGCGUCUUACUAUACAAGAACACAGCUAAGACGGCCAGCUUCUGUGACCACAAGACCAAUAACAUGCAGAUCAGCUCCGGAGGGAUCCUCCUCCAUCUGGAUGCUGGGCACCAGGUCUGGCUGACGGUGAAUGAUUACAAUGGCAUGGUGGGCAUCCACAGCUCUGACAGCAUCUUCUCAGGGUUCCUGCUCUUCCCAGACUAGAGGACUGGCAGAUCCCACCUUAGUAUGCUGAGCUCUUCUCCCUGCCAUGCAAAUGCUCACUGUUAGACCUUUGUUAACACCUCACCAUUGUAAAAUUUGUCUGCUAAAGUUUGUUUGGAAGAACCAAAGAGGAUGUCAGCCCCAGCAGCUGGCCACAAUACCCAGACUGGGGACUGAGUGGGCUGAAUAUUGAGAACAAGCAUAUUUGGCUACAUCUGUGCCCAGAGAGACCAAGCUUCUGAGCACCUGCUGGCACUGCCACAUGCAAUAUAACACACAGGUCACUCGCCUUCUGCGCUGAUAACCCCACCCAUUACUUUCUGCUGCCCAAGAGCCAGGGCCUCUGUGUCUCUGUGUCUCUUUCCCUCCCACAUGAGUUGCAUCAGCAGGGACAGGCACAAGCCAAAUGGCCUGGAGCAGACUUGCAGCAGGUGCUUUGCCAUGAUGUGGCUGCGGAAAGAGUCAAUAAACUUUCUCCCAGUGUACUUGA